UUAAAAAUAACUAGCAUCUUUAAUUCAAUAAUGAACUUAAAAGUCUAUCAAAAUAUCAAAGUUAGGACAUUGCUUCCUCAAAAGUCAGGCCGCCACAGCCGGGUGGUAGGCCGAUACCUUACCGCACUAGCUUACUCUCGACUUCUGGACUCCAUACCAUCAUCUUCAUCAUCCCGUCCCUACGUCGACUAGAGCCAUCUUGGAGUCAACCAGAACCCAACUAGUCGCUUUAUACUCUUUAAAAUGGCUUCAACAGGAGACGGUGCGGUUCCCGCAUCCGCAGAAGUAAUGUCAAUCGCGACCCCCAUCAACCUCAUCCUCCUAUCUCUCUUUGCAAUCCUAGUCUACAUGCAACUCCGCCCCAAGGCGCCAUACAAUGGCGAAGGCGAUAAACCCGUCUACCUUGCCGUCCGUGGACGAGUCUUCGACGUGACCCCGGGCAAGAACUUCUACGGCCCUGGCGGACCAUACGAGAACUUUGCCGGUCGCGACGCAUCGCGUGGUUUGGCGCACCAGAGCUUCGAUGUCGAGAUGCUCACUAAGGAUCUGAAGGGUCCUCUGGAUGACCUCAAAGAUCUCAACGAGGAGCAGUUGGAGAACCUCCAGUCCUGGGAGGAGCGGUUCCUCGAGAAGUACCUCGUUGUGGGUAAGUUGGUUGCAGAGGGUGAUCCAGAGGCGCCAAAGUCGUGAACGGUGUCUAUCACUAUCGUAGCAUCUUGACGAGGGCCGUGUCGGCUGCACAUUUAUCCUCUGUCUGGGGAGCUACCGCGUGGGGCUGACCACACCAAGCGGACAACAAGUAAAAGAAGCGUUUGUAUCUCAUGAUAAUGUCUACAAAUGGUAUACGAAGUAUGUCUGGGUUGAAUCACUUUCUCCCUUCAGCUGGCAGAUGCCACCGUCAAAAGCAAAUGAUUCAUGGACCAGAGGCUUGGACUACAGUCUUUCAAUAACUUUUCCUUGUUAUUAGACUAAACAUUGCAUGGCAAUUGUGACAUUGCGAAAGAUUGCCCAAA